UGGAGUCUUCGGCCAUCAAGGUAACAUUGCCUUUUAUUUUUUCCUAUACCAUCAAGCAUACUAUCAUUGAUUCUUCAUGUUCCUAAACUUAAGUGUUUUGGAAGAAAUUGAUUCUUCAUUGAUUCUUUAUAUUUAGGCUAUCUCUGCUAAGAAUACUGAAAAUAGGUUAAAACAAACAUGUCCUCACCGAAUGGGAUCCACAAAUUUUGGAAUAGUGCGUAAGCAGCUGCGUGACUCUAAAGAGAACAGUGAAGAACCAUCAAGGGCUGAAGUUUUCAUAGCAACUCGCACAAGUAAAAAAGGAAAAGAAAUUGAUGCUAAAACACAAGCCACAAUUACUGAACUUCAGAACCGCUUAGAAGCAGGAGAAAAUGAAGAGGAUGCAUUUGUAGGAGUGUUAGGAAAGGACCAACCAGGUCGACUUCGUUGUUAUGGGGCUUCGAUUACAAGAAGCUCUCUUAAAAAAGAUGAGGAGAUUCACCACAUAAAAGUUGAAUAUAACACUAAGGUCUCAUCAUUAGAGAAGAAGAUGGAUGGUGUAUGUGGUUUAUUAAAGAUAUUGGUGCACCAACUCAGCCCUGGAAUGAACAAUGAAGAGGUAACAGCCUUAGUUCAAGCUGCCCAAGAUUCUCCUGUGGAUACCUCAAGUAGCAAAGCAAAAAAUACUCCUCGCUCCUCCGAAGCAACUCACAUUCCACACAAAGAUGAUGUAGGGCACAGGUCAAAACAAUUUACCUUGCAAUGAUGAUGCAUGAAGUACAAGAAGACUUUGAUUAGGAAUUCUAAUUCAUGUAUUAGGAAUUUCACACUUUUGGUAUUUUGAAGAUGACUUUGAUUAGGAAUUCUAAUUCAUGUAUUAGGAAUUUCACACU